AUGGCCGACGCGGAGCAGAAACCUCCGCAAAAUCAGGAGCCCGAGGGCUUCUCGGAGGAGGAAAAGGCCCUCUUUGAGAAGCUCAACAUCGGUAAGGAGGGUGGCAUGCCCAUGCCUGACUUCAUCAAGCCGUCUGAGGUGCGCAGCCGGACGGCGGGACUGGCCGCCAGCAUCUUCAAGGCCUAUCACUCGUUACAGCACAUCGUGGGCGAGCAUGAGGCGACCCUGGCCAGGCGCUGGGCCGGCAUCAAGCAGAAGAAGAAGCGAAAGGAGUUGCUUUUGGCCGCCGCCAAGGCCAUUGAAGUGGCCGGAGAGAGCUGGAAGGUGCCCGAAGGUCACCGUCCUGACAUUGACAUUUGGCGCGACGUGCGCGAGGGCGGCUCCGACGAGAAGCUGUUUGCCGCCAAGGAUGCAGCCCGCCGUGCCGCUUUCCUCUGGCCCCACCUCAACCUUGAGGAUCUGAGCCGUCCCGAGCCAUUGGUGCUGAUGCUGGCAUCGCGUGCUCGCAAUGCACCCGACGCCUUUGCCGCCGCCGAUCUGGAGCGUGCCAGGUUCGCCAUGGAGUCCCUCGCCCUGAUGCCCCACUACCUCAACCGUUACACCAUGAUGUUUGACAAGCGCACCAAGCCGGAAGAGUAUGGCGAGCUGGUCGCUUGGGAGGACCUGCCCGAGGAUUCCGACAAGAAGUGGCUGUUUGAGCGUCGUGGCAUCCACCCGGGAGAGGGUCUGUGGCUUCUCGAAGUGCAGGACGUCACCUACCGUUUCCUGCUCGAGGCUUGCAAGAAGAUUCUGCACGACAUCCCCGAGGACCAGCUGCUUGCCAAUGGCGAUGCCAAGACCCCCACCGCCCAGGCAGUCGAGCCCACGACGGCGGCCGAGUUCUCAGCCCUAAUCACCAAGAUCGCCGAAGAGCCGUACCGCAGCCCUGCCGGGCUCGACAGGACGCAGCUUCUGGAACCCGUUCAGGCUCGGCUUCAAGAGGCCAAGGACCACCUCCAGGCGUUGCGCGAGGACCCAGCUUACUUUGAGGCAGUGCUCAACGACUGGGCGACGCAUCGGCGCGAGCAGCUGGUGGACGCAAAUGGUAACCCACACCCGAUCCUGGCCAAGAGCCCGCAGGUCUUUUGGGGGCGUGUCGUCAACCGCGUCGUCAACUCGGCCCUGCUCGAUGUUGUCGAGUGGGGCGUCGUGCUCAGCAAGGUCAAGACGCUGUUGGCCCUCCUGGACGAGCACGAACCCACGCUUGACGAGGGCAAGGACCUACCCGCCGAGCUGGCAUUUGCCUUUUAUGCGCUUGACCACCACGUCGAGCAGCUCAAGGCCGGACCCUUUGCAAAUAUCACCAUGGGUCUCGUCGCCAGCCCGCCCAUGCGCCCUUACUUCCAGCUCGUCACCCCGGAGAGCGCAGAGGACAAGACGUUGUCGAUUGCAGCUGUCGAGGAGGCGCCAGCAGAGGAGUCAACGCGGCUCCUGAUCCGCCGUCUGGGAGUCGUCCAGGACGAGAAGCAACGACAGCUGGUUGGUCUGCCUGCUGCGCUCGACGAGCUCGAGUACCUCCUGACUUCUCAGCACCCGGAGGCCAAGGCCAAGAUCACACCCUGGGUGGCGGCACAGCUGUCGUCGCUUUCGGUAUACAGCAGGCUGCUGCGUCAGGUGGAGCUUUUCCAGCCAUGGGCGGCGCGGUUCGGUGCCGACGUGCAGGACAAGGGGGUUCGCGAGGCCCUGGACGGUGACUUCCGCCGAUCGGUGCAGGCUGCCAACGUGCCCAAGGUGACGGCGUACGAGGUCAACGAGAGGCUGAUCGGCAUGGCGAUGCCGGGCAAGAACAAGUUCUCGUAUCCGCUCGAGAACGUCAUCGCGCCGGGCAAUGCGGAUCAAAUUCGCCGUGCCGAGGUCAACCUGGACGGCUUCUGGGGCCGCGUCAAGGUGGAGCUGGAACGGUCGGGAGCCAUGACGGGCGCGCUCAAGGACGUCUUUGCCAAGCCGCUGCGCAGGCUGGGUGGGCCGGCGGCCGAGGCGGCUGCGCUCUCGGGCAGGUCGGGCAAGGUUGGCAAGCAGGCCAACGGUGGCGUCGGUGCCAACGGAGAGGCCAUGGAGGACUGGGAGAUUUACGCCGCCGAGAUGGCCGCCAAGGAGGCGGCGCAGACUCAGAAGAAGGCUGCUGCCGCCGCCGCUGCCACCAGCAACGGAACCUCCAAGAACGGCGCCACGCCCAAGAAGGUUAAUACGGACAAGCGAUCGCUCAAGGUGUUCAAGUCGCUGUUCCACGACCCGCUCGCCAACCCCGGUUCAAAGCCGGCCGAGGUUUCGUGGCCCGAGUUUGUGCACGCAAUGCACACGGCAGGAUUCUCAGUCGUCAAGCUGUACGGGUCUGCAUGGCUCUUCAUCCCGUCGGCCGAGGUCGGCGGCUCGCCACUCAUGGUGCAGGAGCCUUACACUGCCUCGAGCAAGAUGUCUCCGACGGCGGCUCGGAUCGUCGGCAGGAGGCUGGCGUGGAACUAUGGGUGGGACAGGGGGUCGUUUGAGCAGUAA